AUUCUUUUGAGAUUCUUAUCAUUUAGCUUUCUUGAUUUUACACUACAUUAAUACAAAGUUGGAUAAGUUGGUCAUUGAUACAUGUCAAGUCUUCGUAAUUUGUGUUCACAUAGUGUACCAACUCGUCAGCAACAAAUAGUCUACAGACAACACACAAUGGAUGGAGGUUGUAAAACCCCCUUGUAACUCAAAUAGCCUUCCUGUAAUACUGAACUACAUAACAGCCUUCCAGAUCUCUCCAGCUGACACAUAAAGGCUCAACUAACUUUGAAGGAAUGAGCAGCUGGCCAAUCAGGCAUCAUGGUUAUUUCAGUCACAGCAAGUGUGUGGAGAUAAAACAGGCAGUGAUUGGCAGAGCUCUGUGUAUCUGCCUCAAGAUUUGAGGACUCUCUGUAGUCAAGAAAUCGUAGCUGAGUGGCUUACUGACCUAGUUGAAUUUUAAAUUAAGAUUUGAUUUGUUUGAUUUGUUGACAUUUAAAGGAUGGACGCCAGUGACAAAGAAGUAAGUAAAGCUUUGUUUAAAAUCUUAAAACUUUUACUUGCUUAAGAGUUGUUUAUGGAGUAAUCCACAGGAACAAGAUGUGUUUUUUCUCCUGAGAAAAAUGCUUAAUACCUUUUUAGAACUGUAGGGUAGAAUAACAUGUUUUUGACAGUUUGGUAGAUCUAGGCCUGGUCAGAUAUGCCUCUGCUUAUUUUAAACACAGACAGAGUGUAUAGCCCUAAUACUGACUCAUACCACUCACUAUCCAAGCUUACAUGCUAGCAUGUUGUGAAACACCAAAGUUAUUUUUGUCUCAUUCCUUCUUUUGCUUUUAUUGAUAUCAUACAUUCUACCUUAAGUCUGAUAAAACACAGGGGAAAAAGAACACGUUGAAGCAAUCUGUUAUUUUAUAUUGCCAAACAGUUUUGUACUAAUUUCUUUUUCAGACAGAAAAGAAAGCAGGGGACAACGCUCACACUCUAAAUAUAAAUGUGACACCAGACACUGAUGCAGCCCUCGCAGCAGAGGAUUCCCAGUCAUCUUCAACAGCCAUUGUCCAAGGUAUACUCAUCCUAUCACAAACAUGAAAUUAAAUAUAGUUUCUCUUCAAAUCUUUAUUUCACCACUCGUGAAUAGUUCUCAUGAUUGAAAUGAUUGGGUUCAAACACUGACUUAUGAACUUGUUAGUGCUUAGCCUUAACACACUUGAUAAAAAUACAGUGAUCUACUAAAUAUGUACCUCAAAUUGUGCCAUUCUUUUUCAAAGAAAUUUUCCGGCUAAAGAAUAAAUUAAAAUAAUGGGAUAAGUGAAUAAAUCCAUCCACUUUUCAUUAUUGCACCCCUCAACAAAUUUCUGCUUUAAAACAAAUGAAUUUAAAACUCAUAGAAUUACUAGUCUGAUCAAGUAAUAUGCCUAUCAGUCCUACCCUUUAAUGUUUUUUUUUUUCCCCAGGCCAGCCUGUUCCAGACCCUUCGGUGCAAACUGGCUCGGAAGUGGAAAAUGCUACUAAGCCAAAACUUCAGAUAACUUAUAACACUUUUACUGUCAAGAGUGGUGGAGAUCUGAAAGUUGAGAUCCCAGUGGAGGGACAUCCAGCGCCAAAGAUUGAAUGGAAAAAAGAUGAGCAGGCAGUCAAAGAGACAUCAAGACUGGAGGUUUUGAAUCCAUCAUCUCUGACAGUUCUUCAUAUCAGACAUGCUGCUAGGGAGCACUCUGGUCAAUACUCUAUAAUAGCAAGCAACAGUGCUGGAAAAUAUACAGGAGAAAUCACUGUGGUUGUUCUUGAAAAGCCCGACCCACCCACAGGCCCUGUGAGGAUUGAUGAGAUCAGUUCUGACUAUGUUAUCAUCUCCUGGGAAGCACCAGAAUACAUGGGAGGCUGUCAACUAGACAACUAUGUAGUGGAGAAACGGGACAUCUCAAGCACUGAAUGGCAAACUGUGUCUGCAACAACAGUAAGAACAACAAUCAAAGUCACCAAACUGAAGACAGGAAAUGAAUACCAGUUCAGAGUGUUUGCAGAAAAUAGGUACGGGAAGAGUUCUGCAAUCACCUCUCCUUUUGUAAUUGCACAGUAUCCUUUUAGUGUACCCACUGCUCCUGGCACCCCUUUUGCAUCCACAGUGACAAAGUACAGCAUGGUGGUUGAAUGGGAGCCCCCUGCCAAAGAUGGAGGAAGUCCAAUCAUUGGCUACCACCUUGAGCGCAAAGAGAAGAACAGCAUCUUAUGGACCAAACUGAGCAAACUUGUCAUACCCGAUGCUCGAUUCAAAACUAGUGGACUUGAGGAAGGAAUUGAAUAUGAAUUCAGAGUCUUUGCUGAGAAUAUUGCUGGACUCAGCCCGACAAGCAAAAUAUCUGAAUGCUAUGUGGCGAGAGACCCCUGUGAUCCACCAGGUAAACCUGAAGCUGUCGUUAUAACUAGAGAGAAUAUCACACUUCAGUGGGCGAAACCAAGAAACCACGGUGGAAGCACUAUCACAGGCUAUGUUGUUGAAAAGAAGGAGCUACCAGAUGGCAGAUGGAUGAAAGCAAACUUCACAAAUGUUAUUGAGAAUCAGUUCACAGUCACAGGUUUGACAGCAGGCCAAAAUUAUGAGUUUAGAGUCACUGCUAAAAAUGCUGCUGGUGUUUGGAGUACACCUUCAGACAGCGUAACCAUCAUUGCUCAAGAUGUUGUUGAAGGACCCACAGCAUACAUUGAUCCAAAGUUCAAGAACACCUCUGUUUUUCAAGCUGGUGAGACAUUCAUUAUUGAUGCUGAUUAUUUUGGGAAACCCCUUCCGGAAGUAACUUGGCUCAAGGAUGGUAAAGAAAUUGACAAAGUUACACCAAGAAUGGAGGUCAAAAACACCCUGACUCAUACAACUUUGACAGUGAGGGACUGUGUACGAGUGGAUGGUGGACACUUUACCUUGAACCUCAAUAAUACUGGUGGAAGUAUAUCAAUCCCAGUUAAUGUUAAAGUCCUAGAUAAACCUGGUCCUCCUGAUGGACUUCUGAAGGUGAAAGUUGUCAGUGCAGAGAAAUGUAAUCUCCACUGGAACCCUCCUCUGAAUGAUGGUGGUGCCAAUGUUUCCCAUUUCAUCAUUGAAAAAAGGGAGACCAGUCGUGUUACAUGGACAGGGGUUGAGUCUCAUGUUGAAGCUCUAAGCUACAAAGUGACAAAACUGGUACCUGGUAAAGAAUACAUCUUCAGAAUUGCUGCCGUAAACAAAUUUGGUGUUGGGGAAUUUCUGGAAUCCGACCCUUUCAUUGCACAAAAUCCCUUUACAACACCCAGCGCACCCUCUACCCCCACAGCGACUGCAGUGACUGGUGACUCUGUAGUGCUAACAUGGGAAAGGCCUGAGAGUGAUGGAGGCUCAGAAAUUGAUGGCUAUAUCCUGGAGAAACGUGACAAAGAAGGUGUAAGGUGGACCAAAUGCAAUAGGAGAAGACUAAACGAUUCGCGUUUCAGGUGCACAGGGCUCACAGAGGGACACUACUAUCAGUUUAGAGUAUUGGCUGAGAAUGCUGCCGGUGUUGGUGCACCCAGUGAACCAAGUGAGUAUAUCAAGGUAUGUGAAGCUACCUACCCACCUGGUCCCCCUACCAACCCAAAAGUGACAGACUAUUCCUGCAGAACUGUGUCUCUGACUUGGUCAAGGCCCAUCUAUGAUGGUGGAGCAGACAUCAGUGGGUUUGUUGUUGAGAUGAAGGAAGCAGCAGAAGAUGAGUGGACCACAUGUACACCUAGUACAGGUGUAGAAGACACAAACUACACAGUGAAUAGACUGAGAGAAAAUGCAAUGUACAAUUUUCGCAUACGUGCAGUAAAUGCUGCAGGAGUUGGAGAGCCUGUAGAACUACCUGGGCCUGUGUUAGCUGCUGAGAAACUGGAGCCCCCUGAGAUCGAGUUGGACAGUGCCUUGAGGAAGAUUGUCAGUAUAAGAGCCUGUUCGACUUUACGUCUCUAUGUCAGCAUCAGAGGAAGGCCAGAACCCGAGGUGAAAUGGUCAAAAGAAGGUGGUGCCCUCAGUGAGCGUGCGCAAAUUGAGGUAACAAGCUCCUAUACUGUGUUACUGAUUGAGAAUGUCAGUAGAAAUGACACUGGAAAGUAUGUGUUGACUGCCGAGAACCACAGUGGUUCAAAAUCAGCUUUCAUCAAUGUCAGAGUACUGGACUCUCCCAGCGCACCAACUAACCUCGAGGUAAAGGAAGUGAAGAGGGAUUCCGUCUUAAUAUCUUGGGAGGCACCCCUCAUUGAUGGGGGGACAAAAAUUUCCCACUACAUUGUAGAAAAACGAGAAGAGGCUAGAAAGGCAUUCACAAGCGUUUGUAGCAACUGUGUGAGAAACUCAUACAAGAUCGACAAUCUUCAGGAAGGAAGCUUCUAUUAUUUCCGUGUCAUGGCUGUUAAUGAGUUUGGUGCUGGUUUGCCAGCAGAGGUCACAGAUGCUGUGAAAGUGUCGGAAGCUCCACCUCCUCUUGGCAGAAUCACACUCUGUGAUGUUACUCGCAAUAGUGCAAGGAUCUCUUGGGAAAAGCCUGAUCAUGAUGGUGGAAGCAAAAUCCUAUAUUAUGUUGUAGAAAUGCAGGUAAAGGGAGAUGACACAUGGGCCAUAUGUUCAGAGACUAAAGCACAAGAAGUGACAAUUAAUGGGCUAACACAAGAAAUUGAGUAUUUCUUCAGAGUAAGUGCUGUAAAUGAAAAAGGUAGAAGUGAACCAAAAUCUCUGUUAGCUCCUGUUGUAGUUCAUGAUUCUAGUGCGCUGCCUGUUAUCAGUUUGAUGUCAAACACUUUCAGUGUGAAGGCAGGAAACGAUUUAAAAAUUGAAGUUCCAUUCAAGGGUGUACCACCACCAACAGCAGAAUGGAAGAAAGAUGGCAACCCACUCAAAGAAACAAGCAGGGUUAAUGUGCAAACAUCUGAUUCAUCAUCCCAGUUAAUUAUCAAAGAUGCAACCAGAGUGGAUGCUGGCAUGUAUGAGGUGACUGUGGCCAACUUGACAGGAGCCACCUCCACUGAAAUCCUUGUGAAUGUUUUUGAAAGACCUGGACCACCAAGUGACCUCAGUGUGGAUGAAGUGAGUGCUGACUUUGUGUCUUUGUCCUGGCAGCUCCCACAUUAUACAGGGGGAUGUCAAAUUGGUAACUAUGUUGUUGAGAAGAGAGACACAAGCAGCACAGUGUGGCAGACAGUGUCAGCUACAGUUGCCAGAACAUCGAUCAAGAUUUCCCGUCUAACACAGGGCACCGAAUACCAGUUUCGCAUUGCUGCAGAGAACCGCCAUGGCAAAAGCCAAUUCAUUGAGUCAGAACCUGUUGUUGCUCAGUAUCCCUUUAAGCCUCCUGGUGCCCCAUUGAAUGUCUGUGUUCCAAGUGCUUCAAAGUCUAUCAUGAUGGUUGCAUGGAGCAGGCCAGAUAGCGAUGGUGGUAGCCCUAUUAUUGGUUAUCACAUUGAAAGCAAAGAUCAAAGCAGUAUUUUAUGGACGAAGUUAAACCGAAAUCCAGUGACUGAGAACCAGUUUAAGGUAACAAGCGUUGAAGAAGGUUUGACUUAUGAGUUUCGGAUCUCUGCUGAGAACAUAGCUGGGGUUGGACCAUGUAGUAAGGCGUCUGAGCCUGUAGCAGCUAGAGACCAGUGUGAUCCCCCAAGAAGCCUCACAGUUACUAAUAUAACCAAUAGUUCAGUUUCCCUAUCUUGGGAGAAACCAGAGUAUGAUGGUGGUGCUAAAAUAACUGGCUAUAUUGUUGAGCGGAAGGAGCUGCCAGAUAGUUGCUGGCUUAAAUGCAACUUCACAAAUUUACUGGAUACUUGCCUGGAGGUGACUGGCCUCACAGAGGGUGAACAGUAUGAUUUUCGUGUGAUUGCCAAAAAUUCAGCUGAUUUGUUGAGUGCACCUUCUGAAACAACUGGCCCUGUUACAGUGCAGCAUGAUGUGGAGCCACCUAAACUUGUCAUGGAGGACAAAUUUAGACAAGUGGUUGUUGUGAAGGCAGGGGAACUCCUAAGAAUAGAUGCUGACAUCUCUGGCCGCCCCUACCCAACAGUGUUUUGGCUGAAGAAUGGUAGAAAUAUUGGGACAGAGGGAAGAGUUGGAAUAACAGCAACAAAGACACAUACCUCUCUAGUUAUCAGAGAGAGUGUUAGGAAAGAUUCUGGACAGUAUACUCUGACCUUACAGAGUACAGGGGGUACAACAUCCAGAGCUGUUACCUGCAAGGUCCUAGAUAGACCAGGACCACCUGCUGGACCUCUGGAAGUGUCUGGACUCUCAGCAGAGAAAUGCACUCUGUCAUGGGGGCCCCCGCAUGAGACUGGUGGCGCUGAGAUCAUGUACUACAUCAUCGAGAAAUGUGAAACCAGCCGUGUAGCUUGGAUCGUUAUGUAUGGUGACAUGAUGGCAACCACUUGCAAAAUAACCAAAUUGCUCAGAGGAAAUGAAUACCUCUUUAGGGUAAGGGCAGUUAACAAAUAUGGAGAAGGGGAGAAUCUGGAAAGUGAGCCUAUCAAGGCAGCUGAUCCCUUUACCAUCCCUUCUGCUCCUUUGGAUGUUGAGGUCACAAGUGUAACCAGUGAUUCUAUGACUGUCUGCUGGAAGAGACCUGCCUCUGAUGGAAAUAGCCGAAUCAGUGGUUACAUCAUAGAGAAGAGGGAGAAACAGGGUGUCCGCUGGGUUCGUGUCAAUAAGAAACCAGUUUAUGACCUACGUGUCAAAGCCACCUGCCUGCAUGAGGGAUGUGAAUAUGAAUUCAGAGUUUUUGCUGAGAAUGCUGCAGGGUUAAGUGAACCAAGUUCCCCAUGCCCACUCACUCUCGCAGAGGAUCCUAAGUUUCUACCUUCCCCUCCUGCCAAACCCACAAUAAUUGACUCAUCAAGGUCGUCCAUUUCUCUGUCCUGGAACAGACCGCUGUUUGAUGGUGGAGCAGCCAUUACUGGGUACAAAGUUGAAUACAGGAAACCCUCAGAGGAAGAUUGGACUGUUGCUGUCCAUAACACAGAUAAAACAGAGUUAACUGUCACUGGACUUACAUCAGGGACAGCGUAUGUUUUUACCGUCAGAUCCAUCAACAAGGUGGGCAUCAGUGAGCCCAGUCCUGAAACAGAUCCUGAAGUAGCGAUGGAAAGAGAGGAGGAACCAAGGUUUGAUGUUAGCCCUGAGACGAGGAAAACCCUUCCUGUCAAAUAUGGCAGCUCCUUCACUUUGACUGUGCCUUUCACAGGCAAACCUGUCCCUAGUGUGACAUGGGACAAAGCCGAUGUGGAUUUGAGAGUCAGAGGGUUGAUCAACACCAGCAACUCUGUGACUUCUAUCACAGUGGAAGGAGCAACACGUGAUGACUCUGGCAAGUACAAGGUCAAACUGCAAAAUGCUGCUGGGUCUGUCUCUUUGACGCUAAAUGUGAGGGUUUUGGAUUCACCUGGUCCACCAACAAAUAUAGCCGUGAAAGAUGUGACGAAAAACUCGGCAACUGUUUGCUGGGAUAUCCCAGAGAAUGAGGGAGGAGCCCCUGUCAAGAAUUACCAUGUAGAUAUUCGGGAUAUCAGCAGAAAAGGGUGGAUGAGACUCACAGACAAAUGCCGCCGACUGUCCUACAGGCUGUCUGACCUGGAAGAGGGAGGGAUCUACUUCUUUAGAAUCACUGCUGAAAACGAGUAUGGGCUUGGAGUUCCAGCUGAGACAAAGGAGGGAACAAAAAUGACAGGUACAAACAUAUAAAGUUGUAGUGUUUAGUCAAAAUGGGGAAAAAGUAAACUAUGAUUUGUUGUGUUAAGAACCAUUCUCUCUUUGUAUGUGUGUUUCAGAUACAACAGACUGGGAGACAAAUCCAGGAGCAUAGCUCUUCCCUCUCUGGAUAUCAGUUCAUCAUCCCCUGGGCUGCUCGUCAAAAUGUUUUUCUAAUUAUCAUUGUGUGUCAUUCACAAAAACAGUACUCAAUGCUCUAUGAACAGAAGCUGCACAUUUUUUUUGUUUUUUUGGUACAAUCAAAUGUUAUUUUAGGAUGUUUGUAUACUCGUAAACUUUGUCAUUCCCGGGAUGCAAAUUUUGGGAUGAAAAAAAAAGUAAUUAUUCCCUGAUUUUUUUAGUUUAUGACAAAAAAAUAAAUGAAGAUGUUUGUUUGUAAUCCAGAGUAAAAUAAAGAAGAUUGGUACAUUUGUUUCAGAUAUUAUUUUGAUUUGUUUUUGGAAGUUUUUUAUAACUGACAGUAAAUGGCAUGAAAAUGUUCCAAAAU